UCCCACUUUCCUUCACUGGCUAACAGUUGGGUAAGAGGUGGCAGGCGUGCGCGGGCCUGGAAGGUUCUCCAGCUCGCGCAGGUCGUCCUCCCCUGCAGCUGAGGUUUCGGGUUUCAAUCCUCCCCGGACCUCGAGACGUCGCGGCGUGCGCUGUGCGGCUGCCGCCCCCUCCCUGCCAGCCUGCACCCCGGCGGCUCCGAAGCUAAUUUUCAGCGGCGCGGCGGGGCGCUGGCCUGCGGGACCCGGAGGCCGGGCGCCCGGGUGGAGGCUGCUCGGGGGGCCGCGCGAGCCGGGCGCGCUGGGAGGCGGCGAUCGCAGCUGGGCCGGGACUUCCUUCCUCCACCGCAGGACAACAAAACAACCCGGCAGCGGGCGCUGGGCUCUUGGCAGCCGUCUGGGCGGGAGGCGCCGCGAUGGGCUCCGUGCUGAGCAGCGAGGGCGGCAAAGCCGCGCCCGCCGCGGCCACCCCGCGGGCCCUGGAGCGCAGGAGGGCCCCCGAGCUGCCCGUCACGUCCUUCGAUUGCUCCGUGUGCCUAGAGGUGUUACACCAGCCGGUCCGGACUCGCUGUGGCCACGUGUUCUGCCGUUCCUGUAUUGCUACCAGUCUGAAGAACAGUAAGUGGACCUGCCCUUACUGCAGGGCCUAUCUUCCUUCAGAAGGAGUUCCAGCGACUGAUGUAGCCAAAAGGAUGAAAUCCGAGUACCAACACUGCACAGAGUGUGACGAAUUGGUUUGUCUCAGCGAAAUGAGAGCACACAUAAGAACUUGCCAGAAGUACAUAGACAAAUAUGGUCCACUGCAAGAACUUGGGGAGACAGUGACAAGGUGUGUGUGUCCAUUUUGUCAGAAGGAAGUGGACGAGGACAGCUUGCUAGAUCACUGUAUUACUCAUCACAGAUCUGAAAGAAGAUCCGUGUUCUGUCCUCUUUGCCGUUUAAUACCAAAUGAGAAUGCGAGCAGCUUCAGUGGCAGUUUAAUAAGACAUUUGCAAGUUAAUCACACUUUGUUUUAUGAUGAUUUCAUAGAUUUCAAUAUAAUUGAGGAAGCUCUUAUUCGAAGGGUUUUAGACCGAUCACUUCUGGAAUAUGUGAAUCAUUCGAAUACCACAUAAUUUUAUUAAAAGGAAAAGAGAAGAGACCAUAUAAUGUUGCACCAUUUGUUAGGAUGCUGCUUGCACAACUGAAGGGAAAUUGUUACCGUUGAUGGACCAAAGUGGACAACAUAGGUGUAUGCUUCUUCUUGUUUAUUUCUUACACUGCAUUUAAAAGCCGCUUUACAUUCUUGAGUCUCAGGCACUUAUCAGAAAUAAUCAUCAUCAGACAUUCCUAUAUGGACAACAACAUAAAGAUGGCUAAGUGUGUGAAGGAUGCCUAUUUGUGAAUUAAAUAACAGUAUGAAAUGCUACGUAUUAAUAACUACCAUCAUGGUUAGGCAAGUAACUAAUAUGUGUUCUAUGUAAAAAAAAAUGGAGAAGUACAGACAUUUAAGGAAAUGCAAAAAUCUUUUCCGAUACUCAAGUUUUAAUCUAAUCACUAAUAGAAUAACAUGAAUCAGUUUGUGUAAAUGGAUAUAGGAAAGGGAAACUGAAGUCACUGAAGUCCAUUUAACAAAAUUGUACUACAUAGAAAAUAAAUUUUGUGUUAGGAAUGUGAGCUUAAUACAUUGACUUUUUAUAACUGCACAGUAAGAAUUUAAUAUUAUAUUUUUCAAAUAUUUGUAGUUUGUUUAGGAAUCUUUCUAUAUUAUAGUUUCUGAACCAUAAGCUGAAUAUUAUAGCAGAAGUAUUCCUAUCUAUAAUUCUUAGUGGAAAACUUGAAGGGCUUUGAUUUUUAUUUUUAGUCUUAAUCCUUUAGGAAAGUUAUAAAACAAGUACUAAAAACACAAAAUAGAAACUUGUAUUAUUAUGAGGAAACUCUUUUAGACUCUGCCAGCUCCCUGGGAUCAGCUGUGUUUGUCUUGUUAUUGUUAACAACCUUGUUCACCAAACCCACAAAAGUAACCACUGUACUGACUUCAGUGGUAACAACUUCCUUGCACUUCUUUUGUUUAUCACCCAAGUGUUCAUCACGCUACUUGGGUGUUGGGGUUGCUCUUGGCCGUGCUUCCGGCCGUGCUCCCAGACCAUUUGGUGUUGGGAUUCAGACCCAGCCUCCUGCAUGCGAGCAUGUGCUCAGCUCUUUCCAGCCCUAUGCCCUAUAUUUUAAUAUUACUCAUUUUUAAAUGUUUUAUUAGAUCUAUUUCUUACAUUUCACAUAAAAAAUAAGGUUCCUCCUCCUUUUUCCUAAAAUUAGUCUAUUAAAGAUCUGAGAGAUAACAUAGCAAUGCAGGUGCUUGUCUUACAGAGGUUAACCUGGGUUUCAUCCCUGGUACCCAAUACGGUCCUCCGAGCCCCACCAGAAGUGAUUCCUGAGUGCAGAGCCCCGAGCACCACCAUGUAUGGCCUCUUCUCUCGCAAAAUAAUUAAAUUUUUUUAAAAAAAGACAACUUGGUGCUGGGACAAUAAUAUAGUGAGUAAGGCAAUUUUUCCUUGCACAUGGCUGACCUGGGUUUGAUCCCUGGCAACCCGUAUGGUCCCCCAAGCAUCAAUGGGAGUAAUCCCUGAGUGCAGAGUACUGUCAGGUGUGGUGCCCUCCCCCCAGCCCAAAAGAGAGAAACCUAGUCUUGGACUGGAGACACAGAACAGGAGGUAAGGUGCUUCCCUUGAUGCAACCAACCCCAAUCCAAUCCCCGGCACGUUUGGUCCACUACGCAUCACCAAAGAUCACUCCUGAACUCAGAGUCAGGAAUAGCCCCAGAGCACCACUAUGUGUUCCCAACCCUUCCUUCCCCCACCCCCCCACAAAUGAACCUGACCUUAUGAUCUAUAGAGUUUCUCGCAUGCUAAUCACAUACUCAUGGCACAGUUCAUGUUUCUUUUUCCCCUGAAUCUUAGUACAUGAAUCCAGAGUCUUGAGCAAACUUGGAUUCAUCUCAUUUUGCAGGACUGUUUAAGUCAUAGUGGAUUCGAACUCACAUAACAUCUGACUUUCUCUUUUUGUGACAUCAACUGAAGUGGAUACCUGGUGCCCAUAAGUAUACAUUGAGUCACUCUAGGUUAGAAGGUAUUCUGUCAUUUGUUUUUUAACAUUUGAAACAUAAUUGUAAGGGCUGUUUCUCCACAUUCAUUGUUCGCUUAGGCAGCAGUAAAGCCUCUGUGAAAGAGGAAAAAUAAAAUAUUUGAAUGUUUUCAUUUAUUAAUCGAUUUUGAUACAGCAAACGUGUUUCCUAUCAUUUUCCUACAUUGAAAAAUGUAUUAACAGCACAUUCUGUAUCUGCGAGAUUUGCAUGCAGCUCCACCAGAGACUUAUAUUCUCAGCUUUUCCCCUCUGGAGAAACCUGUGUUUGCUCUCUUGAACACAAAUCUACGCCCACCCCUCCCUCUCCCUUCUCUUUCUCUUUCUUGUCCCUUUCUGUCUCCCCCACUCUUAUAUUUCUCUAAAUAAAAGUAUUUUACUUCAGAAAAUAUCAUUAACUCAUGGAUUCAAACAUUUAAUGGGCUUUAAUUCAUUUCAAAUAUUACCUUAUUAAAGUUCAAAUUGUUAUGCCUUUGCCCUGUGGGAGACUCAUUAAGCUGGCUCUGAAUCCUUUUAACACUACUCAAACCGUCUUUAAAAGCCUCCUUGAUGUCUUCUAUGACAAGAUAUUCCAGCCUCAACUUGUGUAUUUCCAACUUAAAUAGAAUCAGCCAUUGGUCUAAGAAGCCUGGUUACUUUCAUCUGAUAAAGGUAUUUUAAAGCCAUAAUCUAGGGCCAAAGAGAUAGUACAGGGCUUAAGACAUUUGUCUUGCACAUGGCCAACCCAGGUUUGAACCCCCAUACCAAAUAUGCACCCUCCCCCACUGUACACCACCAAGAGUGAGCAGAGUCAGGAGAAAGUCCCCAACAUACUAGGUGAGGCCCAAAAACCAAAAAAAAAAAAAAAAAAAAUGAAAUAAAAUAAAGCCAUAGUUUGUAUUCUAAAGAUGUCCAUUGCUUCUAGAUUGAUCAUUAUUUCUAACAAAGAGCUAGGAGAUAUCUAUAAAUGAUAAAACAGUUCGUGAAUUAAUUUCACUUCCAAAUAAAAUUGAGUAUGACAGGGUAUUUGGUUGUUUUGUUUGGUCUCGUUUGGUUUGAUUUUGGUGUCAUGCCCAGUGGUGCUCAGGGUUUGCUCCUGGCUCUGAGCUCAGGGAUCACUCCUGGAAACUCUGGGAAUCAUGAGUUACAGACCACUGCAAGUGCCCUAUACUCUGUUCUAUUUCUCAGACAGGGUUUUAAUCUAAUCCUUCCUCUUACUAUCUUCUCCACAUUUUUCUAUUCUGAGAAUUGUAGUUUUCAGAAACGUUAAAAUAUUUCACAUUCAUUUCUUUCCCUAUAUUAUACAUACAGCAGAUUUGUAAUAAUAAGACAGAUACAACUAUCACGAAUAAACAGAAAUAAUAGAAUCAUUACUCAUUUGCUCCACACAUUUCUCCUAUUUCUAUUAUUUAUGAAGCAAAAUAAUUUUAUUCAAAGAAAUUUACUUAGAAAAAAUGUGAAAGGAGAUGUCAGAAAGAUAGUAUAGCAGGUAAGGUGCUUGCCUUGCACACAACUACCCUGAAUUCAAUUCCUGCCACUCCAUAGGGUUCCCUGAGCACUGCCAGGUGAGCACAGAAUCAGAAAUAAUCCCUCAGCACAGCAGAUGUGGCCAAAAACAAACAAGAUAAAGAAAUGUGAGAAGGCUGGAAAGACAGUACAGCUGAUCGGAUGCUUGCCUUGUAUAUUAACAACCAGGGCAUCCCAUAUGGUUCCCUGAGCCUUCCAGGAUUGAUUCCUGAGAGCAGAGCCAGGAGUAAACUCUGAACACUGCUGGGUGUUCAAAACAAAACCAGGGGUCAGAGCAAUAGCAGAGCGGGUAGGGUGUUUUCCUUGCACAUGGCUGACCCAGGUUUGAGCCCUGGAUUCCUAUAUGGGCCCCCAAACACUGCCAGGAGUAAUUCCUGAGUGCAGAGCCGGGAGUAAGCUCUAAGCAUAACCGGGUGUGGCCCCCAGACAGAAAAACGAAUGAAAAAAAAGCUAAAAGGAGAGCUGGCGAGAUAGUCCCUUACUUCAGCUCCCUCUGCUGCAACUCUGGUUCAAAUCUCCAGCAUGACAUAUGGUCCCCAUUGUCAGAAGUCAUUGCAGAAACAGGAAUAACUGUUGUUUCAUGGAUCUGUUUUUUUUUUCCAAAUCCAGUUCUUUAAUGAUAAACUGAGAAAUAGAAUAAUGUUUUCAUAUUGAGUGAAAGCAGAAAUGGAAAUUAUGAACAGUGAUAUUAAUGCCUGAGGAUAAACUUUUAUUUGGCUACAGUUAGCUUAUUCAUUGUUAUCAUUUAUAAAGUUCUUUGUUUCUUACACAAUAGUCAUUGCCCCAAAUUUUCUACAAAAUCCACUAUUUCAUUUUAGGGCGUGGUAUCCCAGUGAAUCUUGGCUAUGCUAUGCGAGCCUACUAUGCGAGCCUGAAGGUUCAAUACCCUGGUCCAGAAACACAGUACCUGGAAGUGCUGGCAGCUCCCAGGGCUACAUGCAGUGCUUGGGGGCCAGGUGAUGCCAAGGAUCAGAAUUUAGAACUAUAUCCCAAAUCCUAUCCAUUACUUCUUUUACUUGGGGGGGUGGGGAUGGAGUUUGGAGUGUCACAGCAGUGCCAGGGUGUAAUCCUUUGAGCUAUCUCCCCAGUCCUCCAAUGCUUCUCAAAAGUUUUGUUCACUUUUCCAUCACAUCCCCUCUAAAAUAAUUAGGAAAACAUAAAACCUGAGAUCCAGAGAAGUAGUUCAAAGGACUGAGCACAUGCUUUGCAUUCAGAGACCCUGGGUUCCUUUCUGGACACUGCCAGGAACAACCUUGAACACUGCUGGGUAUGCCCCCCCCCCCAAUAACAAAAUCUAGAGGAUGUUAUUUCUACCCUCUGAGAAACUAGUUUUACAGCUGCUUUUCAUGGCUGCUAAUAAGUAAAAAUGGAUCUUUAAUUUUACAUUUUGUCUCCCUCCAAUACGUACAGGUCAUGAAUGAAGUGAAAUCCUAAUGGACAGGCAGGAGGCUUAGCUCAAAGGAUUAAUCACAUGCUUUGCAUGCAGGAGACCCAAGUUCAAUCCCUGCCACCUCAUGGUCCCUUGAGCACUGCUGGGAGCAGCAGCCUAGAGCUGGGAGAUUUCAGCACUGCCAAAACAAACCAAAUAUUGGAUAUUGUUACAAAAGGAGUAAAAUACAAAAGGAGUGAAUUUUUUUCAGAGAUAGUUCAUCAGACUAGAGAUAUAGUUUGUGAAAAGUAGGAUACAUAUUUCUCAGCCAGAGAUAUUUUAGAGUACUGACCAUCUAGAAUAUCUUUGUAUAUCUAGAACAAGACAAAAGUAUCUGUAAAUCUUAGGGGGUUGGGGAUCAAAAUUUUACAAACUGCAUUUUAGGCAAGUCACCUACCACUAUUAACCUCUGCAGCAGUUCCACAACCUGUCCCUGAAUUGUCACCUGUAUUGUAGGUGAUAAUUUUGCCACUUAUAAAACAAAUUAGGUGCUGGUUGCCUGAAUUAGUUUUCCUUCUGAAUUAUUUUGAGUUCUAAAAUGGUGAAGUGCAAAUAUUCAUUGUUUCACUGUGCCUUUAGCCUUUCAUAAAAGGAAUUUAUUCAUUGUUUUUAAAAUGUGAAUAGCAGUAUUUUAUGCUAUUAACUACAAAAAUGUGUCACUCUUCAUAGCACCUGUGAUACGACUUUUUUGAUGUCUGAUAAGAGAAAAAGAUUUCCAUGUUAUCCUUCAAAGAUAAGUAUUUCGAACUUUACAAAAAUCUAGGAAGAUUUUCCUUUCACAUAAAUUUUCAAUUACAGGAUUCCAAAACAUAGGUUGAAAACAGAGUUGGAAAUCUUUGGUCAAGAUGGUUUCAGAUCAGGUGUCCUAAGAGAUCCCGUCUCUGUUGGUGACACUCUACUUCUGUCCUGGGUGCUAAGUGUCUGUGAUUUAGAAGUGAGUUUAUUACAGUGGCAUCAUCUUAAAAUAUGAUAUAGUUACAUUUAUCAUAUCCCAAUUUGUACCUUGAAACAUUGAAGGUAUGUUCACAUCACUGAAAUUCAUUUUUCAUGGAAAACUGACACAUCUAGUAUGUAUUGUGAUCAGGAUUUUAAAUGUACAAUUCUUCUUCUCUGUAAAUAUGUUUCAUUGUGAGAAAUAAAGAAUGGCAGGACCAUUGCUUUCAUUAAAAUACCUACCACAUCAAUUCUCA